ACCUAGAACAACUUCAACAGAGUUGGUACAAGGACACGUCCGCCCUCUUUGACCAGGCUGCCGCCCUUGAAGCCGAGAACGAGCGUCUCAAGCAGAAGUUGGAGGGCAUGCGUACGCAACUGGAGGGUAAGGAGGACGAGGAGGCGGGGGAAGAGGGAGGGGCGCAUGAAACCAAGUCCAAAAUCGCCGCUCUCGUCAAGGCCAUUAGUCGAGGCCCAGCCGACAGACAGUCCUCCGUGACAGCAGCGACCGCACUCG